UUUAAGUGGUUAAAUAAGUGUCGGCUGUCUCCUGGCAAAGCUGCGCACGCCGCAACUCUGCAUUCUUUUCUGGGCUGUGGAAGAAGCCUUUAGUGCCGGAAACUCGACGGCAAGAACGCGCACUGUGCGCCUGUCGACGUCAUCAGUGGUCGCCGGGCCCAAGUUCAUGGCAGCCCCCUUCCGGGCCUCUCCUAAAACGCUGAAGAACAUUGUCCGUGUCUCCGCACUUCCCACGUCACCGUGGCGACAGGAUCGACAAGCUGGGACCAGUUACAUGGGACCUCACACACUGCUGAAAUGGCGCCCUCGCAACGGUCACACCUCAGGUGUCUGGAGGCCAACACGCCAGGAUCAGUUCUCGGAGGCACCAGGCGGCGGGCGCCCGACUUCAACUCUAAGCUCGGCCCUGAGACACCAACAUCAAGAGAACGGAACGCUUAUUUUUAGCCGUGGAACUGCUUAUGAAGUGGCGCGAGAAAUCUACCAAAGGCAGGGUGGAGAUGACGCAUUUUUUGUCUGCGACCUCCGGGACAUCAUUCGAAAGGUGGAUCUCUGGCACCAGUGUCUGCCCCGUGUAACGCCAUUCUACGCCAUAAAGGCAUGUGGAGACCCUGUGGUACUCGCGGAGUUGAACGCCCGAGGAGUAAACUUCGAUUGCUCAAACACUCCAGAGAUACUGACUAUGCUUGAAAUCGGUGUUCACCCAGACCGCAUCAUCUACGCGCAAACUGUGAAAAGCACGUCCCAUAUAAAGUUCGCUGUACAAAACGGCGUCACACUUAUGACGUUCGACUGUGUCGAAGAGCUGCACAAAAUGAAGGACAACAGCGCCAGGCUAUUACUUCGAAUAAAAGGCGACAACGAAGGUUGUAAAAUUUCAUUCAAUGAGAAAUACGGCUGCAGCGUAGACGAAGCAAGAUGUAUUCUGGAAACUGCUCGAGACCUUCACUGUAACGUGGUUGGUGUGUGUUUCCAUGUGGGAGCUUUCUACCAGAACCCGCGGAUCUUCGCUCGCACUAUACAGAUGGCCAAGGCUGUGUUCGAUAUGGCAUCGGAGCUUGGAAUGCCCUUGACGAUCCUCAACAUAGGAGGCGGCUUUCCCGGCGGAGUUCGCAGCAUCUACAUGUACAAACAGGUGUGCGAGUCUGUGCGGCGUGCAACCGAUGAGUACUUCCCCGCGUCGAGUGGAGUGCAGAUCAUUGCUGAGCCAGGCCAGUUCUUCGUGGCGUCAGCGUAUUACCUCGCUGUCCGAGUCAUCGGCAAAAGACGCAAGGAUAUUGUUGUGGACAGUGUCGUUCAGGCGCACCAAGACGUCUUUCUCAACGAGAGCAGAGACAACUGCGUUUCCCGUCAUCUGUACGAGUUCUCAGACGUGAAUAUCGUGCCCUUAGAGGAGCCACGAGACAGAAGUCUGGAUGUGUUGACCACGUUAUGGGGCGCCACCUGUAACCCGUUGGACGUUAUUGAGCCUAGAAAACUGUUCUUUGACGUGAACGUCGACGAGUGGCUCCUAAUGGACAACAUGGGGGCUUACACGCUAAGCUUUGCGUGUGGCUUCAACGGCACUGGAUUCCCGAUGGUCCACUACAUUGUCCCGUCAGAUGCAGUGUCUUCUGUCCGUCAAGUGAUACAGCAUUCAACCCUGCGAAGCGGAUACAGCCAACCGGAGAAAGCUCUCAAACAGGACUUCUUGACGCGAAAACGGGAACGUAUAGGUGACCUCAGCUGUAAUGGCCGUUGACCCGUGUUAUCGCUACUACCUUGAUGAAAUAUACAAUACAUAAUGAAGUUUGGCUUGCGUGUUCCGUCAAGGUAGCCGUCAAGGAAUGCA